CUUACAGUACCAAAAGCGGCGCUGACAGGCUGCUGCUCAUCUGCGCCAACAUGGCUGAUGAAACGGCGAAAGCGCAGGUAGCCCAGGCGGGUGGAGACACAAUAUUUGGGAAAAUAAUACGUAAAGAAAUUCCCGUCCAACUUCUCUACGAAGAUGAUCAGUGUGUAGCUUUCCCUGACAUUUCACCUCAAGCUCCCACUCACAUCCUGGUGGUUCCUAAAAAGCCGAUUGUGAGGUUGUCGGAAGCAGAGGAGUGUGAUGCUGCAUUGUUGGGCCACUUGAUGAUAGUCGCAAAGAAGUGUGCUCAGGAUGCGGGCCUUGCUAAAGGCUACAGGAUUGUCAUCAAUGAUGGACCUGAUGGAGGCCAGUCGGUCUAUCACAUCCACAUCCACGUCUUGGGUGGACGCAGUAUGGGAUGGCCCCCUGGUUAACCUUCAUCAACUAGCACAGACCGUCUUGCCAUCAGUGUCGACUACAACUGUUUGUCAUGUGAUAUAAGAGUCAAACAUCAGUGAGAAUAAAAUGCACUUCACAACAAUA